ACCAAAAUGCCUUUUGCUCCCUCCCCUCUUCUUCUCUCUAACUUUCCCCUUAGAAGACUCCUCUUUGUCUUCAACUAGGGUUUCCUCUUUAAAACAGUAAAAGACUCCCAAAAUCUUCUUCAGAAUUUUACAUCUCCCCUUCUUAUAGUUAAGACAUUAUUUAACGAGAGAAAUAAAGAAGAUCAAACCAUUUAGAUAUCAAGGGCCACUUUCUCUUGUUGCUCCAUCAGAAGGGGAUAAAUAACCCAAAAAUGGCAUCAUCACAUUCGAACUACAUAAACUCACCGUGCGCGGCAUGCAAAUUCCUCCGGCGGAGAUGUACAUCAGGCUGCGUGUUCGCACCAUACUUUCCUCCAGAUGAACCUACAAAGUUUGCGAACGUCCACCGUAUAUUCGGGGCAAGCAACGUGAGCAAGAUCCUCCACGAGGUGGCGCCACAUCAACGAGAAGACACCGUGAACUCGCUAGCUUACGAGGCGGAGGCACGGCUAAAUGACCCAGUGUACGGCUGCGUUGGGGCCAUCUCGGUGCUUCAAAGACAGGUCUUGAAGCUGCAAAGGGAACUAGAAGAGACAAAUGCUGAUCUCAGGAGGUACGCUAGGGCUCUUGGCGGUGAAACGACGUCGAAUUAUGGAGGACAGAGAGGUUGACUGGUCAACUAGUCAUCAUCACUCUUUGGAGGAAUUUAGCGGCGGACAGGUAUAAAGAGACAGUGAAUGGUUGAUGUGAUGAAUGAGGAUAUCUUCGUAUGUGUGUAUGUUUUUUUUCCACGUUUAUACUUAUACGCAUGUGUAAUUUGAAUUGUAUUACAUAGGAGGUCAAAGGAUGUUUUUGAAUAUCUUGAAUAAGUAAUUGAUGUAUCUAUGGUUCUGUUGGGUGCUUAAUAAUAAUUUUCAAGUCAGGACACUA